AUGAAAAACAAUGAUGAUGAUGACGAUGAUGAUGAUGAUGAUGAUGAUGAUGAUGAUGAUGAUGAUGAUGACGGUGAUGAAGGUGAUGAAGGUGAUGAAGGUGAUGAAGGUGAUGAAGGUGAUGAAGGUGAUGAAGGUGAUGAAGGUGAUGAAGGUGAUGAAGGUGAUGAAGGUGAUGAAGGUGAUGAAGGUGAUGAAGGUGAUUAUGAUGAAGCCAUGGAGAAGAACGGCGGAGAUGAGAUGAGACGAGAUGAGACGAGAUGA